AUCCCUCCGUCACAUCACACCUCAUCCCCGAAUGUAAACGGCUCUUUGAACAAUCACCAGGAGCAAACCAAUCAGCUGAGCCCAGAAGAAGUUAACGGGAACAGAUACUCGCCUGCCUCGAGCAUCUUGGAGAAAUACAAGAUCGGCAAGGUCAUCGGAGACGGUAACUUCGCAGUGGUCAAGGAGUGCGUGGAGAGGUCCACAGGGAAAGAGUUUGCGCUGAAGAUCAUCGACAAGGCCAAGUGCCGUGGAAAGGAGCACCUAAUAGAGAAUGAAGUUGCCGUGCUGCGGAGGGUGAAGCACCCCAACAUCAUCAUGUUGAUUGAGGAGGUGGACACUCCGUCUGAUCUGUACCUGGUGAUGGAGCUCGUCAAGGGUGGGGAUUUAUUCGAUGCCAUCACGUCGUCGGCCAAGUACACGGAGAGAGACGCUAGCAUCAUGGUGUACAACCUCGCCGGAGCCUUGAAGUACCUGCACAGCAUGAGCAUCGUGCACAGAGACAUCAAACCAGAGAACCUGCUGGUGUUUGAGUAUCCAGAUGGCAUCAAGUCGCUGAAACUUGGGGACUUUGGCCUGGCCACAGUGGUGGAGGGACCCUUAUAUACUGUCUGUGGAACUCCUACCUACGUGGCUCCGGAAAUCAUUUCUGAGUCUGGUUAUGGUCUGAAGGUGGAUAUCUGGGCUGCGGGUGUCAUCACCUACAUCCUUCUGUGUGGCUUCCCUCCAUUUAGAAGUGAGAACAACCUGCAAGAGGACCUGUUUGACCAGAUUCUUCUCGGGCGGCUGGACUUCCCCAGUCCGUACUGGGACAACAUCACCGAUUCAGCGAAGGAGCUGAUAGGAAAGAUGCUGCAGGUCAACGUCGAGGCUCGAUACACGGCACAAGACGUCCUGUCACACCCCUGGGUCACGGAUGACGUAGUCUUGGAGAACAACAUGAAGAUGGAGGUGACAGGUAAAUUGAAGACGCACUUUAACACUGCGCCAAAGCACAACAACGCCCCCGCCGGUGUGUCGGUCAUCAUGAACACAGCUCUUGAUAAAGAGACCCUUCAGCUCACUGCCCGUCGUUGUCCAGAUCCACGAGCGGUGCCAUGUUCACCAUCGCUCGCUGGCAACAAACUCCCAUCUGCUCUCCCAGUCGAACCAGCUUCUCCAACCAAACAGGCGCCAUGUGCCAAAGUGCCAAAAUCCACCAGCCUGGCUCCACCAACCACUUGUCACGAAGCACCCGAGACUGCAGCAGCUGCUGGGCCUGAUGCUCCAUCCGCCUCUAGACCUCACCACUCUCAGUCCCCAAACGACGGCCACCUAUUAGCUGCUAAGGUAGAUCCGCCUCCUCCUCCUGCUGCUGUAAGUUCGCUUCAGUUCUCACCUUCACCCUCUGCUGAAGCUCCUCCCAUCGCCUCUUUGCCCGUUUCCUGCCCUCCUGAGAUAGAACCAAGCUCCCUCCCGGCUGCUCCCUGUCCAUCCAUAGAGCCGACCUCACCGUCUUGUCCUCCAACUCCUUCUACACCCAUCUCCUGUCCUUCCCCACCGUCUCCUUCCAAACCCACCUUUCCUCUCUCCCCCUCUUCUCCCACCGAACAAGCCUCCUUUCCCUCUCCGACCAAACAACCAGCAUCCCAAACCUCCUCCUCCCCCACAAAACAAGCGUCCCCCUCUCCCGUCUCCCCCAUCCAGCCUGUCGUAUUCUUCCCGCUCUCCUCCCCGACAGAACAGGAGCCCUCCUCCCCCUCUCCCAUCCAUCCAACUCUGUUCCCCUCUCCUCCCUCCACACCUCCCCGGUCCACCAGCCCUCCCUCUCCUGCUGGCCCUCCUUCUCCCAGCCCUCCACCCGCUGAGGAACUUAUGGAGAAAAUCUAGAAGGCCGGUCUGUUCAGCUGCCACUCUCACCUCCUCUUUCCGUGCACAAAACAGAAAACGGGAUGAAAACACAUUGAGCAUUUCUUAGUAGCUGUAAACUGAGCCAGGCACUGACUGCUGUAUUCACAUCUACACUUCUCAUGCUUGUCACUCGUCGUGUGAAACGGAGGACGCGAGGCGUUUCCCCAAGAGUGUCGACUGUAUAUAUGUGUUUUAAUUUAUUAUCGGAGGGAGAAAGGGAAUGAAUUGAGUAUCACUGUUCUGAGUGGUUUGUCUUUUGAAGUCAUGCGUCACUGUAUCACAUAAUGUGAAUUGUUCCUCUCAUUUAAUAUCUCACUCGGAGUCCCUUUUGUAAAUAGUUAUUCAGGACAAACACAUCCAAACGUGAACUCCUAUUGCUUCAGCACAGAGACAGUACUGUAACCAUUAUACGAGUGUUUCAGCAUAUCAAAACUCGCUAGACUAGCUACCUGUAGUGUAGCCAUCCUGAUAGUGGCGGCACAUUUACUCCUUUUAUCUGUAAAGUGUUACUGUAAACAGUGGGUGGACAAAAUAACAGUAAAAUCUACCAAAGGAUCGAGUAAGUCGAAGCUUCAUUUCUGCCUCUGCGACUUUUCGAUGCGUGUAAAAGUGGUGAUGUUUAGAAACGAAUAGCUGUUAACUUUCAAUCUAAGAGUAUGUCCAAAGUCCUUAGAGGCAAGUCUCACCAAGUCGCAGUUAUUUUGGGCUAAAAAGACCAGGAUCUGAUCUAAAUGAAUGUAGAGACUGCAGUUUAAAUGGUCACUAGGACAUAAAAACUGCACGUGCAGAAUCACCAAUCAAAUCUGAUUAAAAAAUCUGAUGAUGUUGCACCAAAAUAAGGCUUAAAAGUGCAUUCUCCCCCAAAAGAUGUAUUUGAACCACACAUGUGCACAGUUUUAUGACAGUGUUUGAUUCACUGCAGCAACAUGAUUGUGUAGAGGGACGUGUCAUCUUUAGGAAAUUCUCCAGCACAUUUCUUUAAAGUGGAGGGUUUUUUUGUCAUAACAUGUCUGAUGUGUCGACCCCCCAAAAAAAUGGCAUUUUUAAAAUUUACCCUCAAAGUAAAAUGCACGCGUGUUAGCGAUGAUAAACAUCUCAACCGAAGGCUUACAUUGUUUUAUUUAAAGCCCCCCUCCAUUAAAAAUCAAGUCCUAUACUUUGUUAGCAUGUCCAUAUUUUUUAUGUGCUGGAAAACACAUCAUGAGUGAAAUAAGCAGUAAACACCAUUUGUGAGACUCAACCUUGAAACCGUAGUGUACCGACGAUGGUCCCCAAAACACAGAAAAACUAUUUUGUGAAGCACAAAUGUGGCCUUCUGCUGUUCUAAUUCCAUAAUCAUCUUCAAUUUAUCUCGUGAUGCUCCACAAGCAGCACGUAGGCACGAACAUGUGCAGGUGAUGAUAAGUCCGCCGCUAGUUUCAUAUAAAAAUGUGAAUGAAAUUAUGUUUGUGAUGCUCACGUAAUUGAAAAUGUUACAGCAGCGGUGACUCUUUCCAGAAACAACGUCCCAGUUACUCUGAAUAAUUCACUUAUGAUUCAGUUUAAAUUAGUUCUGUGAAUUAUCCAGUACCUGGAUGGCAGCCUCGGGGAAAGAAAGCGAAACAUUUUCAUUAUCGUGAGCACAGAACACAAUUUAUCCACCUUCACGGUAUUGAAGCAGAAAUUUCGCAGAUGGAUAUCUACAAAGCUGUGCAGAUAAACCCAGAUGCUGGUAGAUAUAAGUGAGGGAAAAAAAAGGUUGUUUUUGCCCACGUGGUUGUCUUUUUGCAUUAUUUUGCUCACCCACUGUCGCUGACACACAUGCUGACUCAUUCAUUCGCUCACUGUACGUUUGUGUUCUUUGGUGUCGACACUGUAUUUGUACAUAGUGUGAUGAACCUAAGCUGUCCACCUGAAACUUGAAGGUUUGUAUUUGCAUAUGUGUGUUUGAGCAGCCAUGAACUGCAAAGGCAUAACUGCUGUACAGAAAAAAAAAAGUAAAUCCAACAGACAUUAAACCAAACUGCAGGUUUGCUUCUAAUACAAACUGCUCUGGACAAACAGCUGCGACUAAAGCAUUGCACAGUAAGGACACACGUUUCCCACUUGGUGUAGCUUCUCCUGACAAACGAACUAGUUAACACUGCUCAUGUAGAGAAUUCAACUUGUGUUUUUUGGUCUGUUGGAUUUAUAAGAACGAAUGUGUUGUCAAGGUGACGGGUUGGUACCUGAUCACAGCUCAUUGCUUAAUGAUGCCUUUAUCCAAACCAGCUUGGCUGACAAAAUGAUGUCCCACAUACCGAUUCCUAAAAAAAUUAAGUUAUUAGUGAUUUCUUUUGUCCUUGUUUUAAGCUUUUAUCCCAGCUGCUGUUAGUAGAGCCAACUCCUCCAGUGGUUCAACAUGCCUCUUUACCACAUCUGGACUUUUUUUUCUGUUGCAUGAAUACUCCUCUCUGUAAGACAAAAGCCUCACACGUUCACAAAGUCAAGUUGGUACACAAUGUCAUCUAGUUUCUCUUAUGUAUAUGUAGUCAAAGUAGAUUUUCAUAUGCUUUGUUUUAGCAGUUUGUAAAGGGAAAUUUGUAUGAAAGACGAGUUUUAAAUAGAUCAAACGUGUCAAACUGGAGUUUUUAUUAUGAGUAGAGCGGCUGCUUUUAAUGUCCCACUAUUUUGGAACAGUUCAGCAAAAAAAAGUUUAAAAUGCAAUAAAGACUUCAAAUCCA